AAGAACCUACAAGACUUCACAGAAGAAUCGAAGCGACUCUGGUUUCUCGAUGAUGACAGCCACAGCCAACAUGGAAAUCGAGCCGCAGUAGGUGACAGAAGGGAGUUCGUUUGCACAAUGACAGUUGGUGUGCUGCCGAACCAGUGUAAUUCAUCAUUGAUCGUUCACCACGAGCCUCUAUCAUUCGUCGAUGCUCAAAGUGCUUGUGGGAACUCGUUCGCUCGUCUACCGCUCCGGACUUCGAAGGAAGAAACGCAAUGUUUCAAGAACUACUUCGCGGACAAACCAUAUACGUGGUUCGACGGUCGGAGACCGGAGCUCGCCGGGUCAGCCCUGUCCGGCGGUCGGUGCUUCCUCGACGGCUCAAGAACCGAAUCGUGUCCUCCCGACAUCGGUUUCGUUUGCAUCUCCGAACGUUUUGAGGCCGACAUUCCCAAAUCUUCAGUUUAUUACAGCAGUAUCAGCACCAGUAAAGUUGUGAUCACGGCGGAUGAUUACUUCGGAACCGACGAAAGCAGAACCAGUCUUGAAACAACAACCGCUGCCGAAGAUCACGCUAAGAGCUCGGGGCUCGAGCAACUCGCUUCGCGUCAGGGCUCCAAUGAACGACCCUUCCGAGUUACACGUCCCACACUGCGGAGCGAGGCAUCAGAGAAGCUCUCAGAGAAAGUCCACUCACAACACAUCUUCGAUCUUUCGAAUUCAGUGAAAGAAAGUGGACCCAUCGACGACCCAUACACCGACCCCGAGGAACAGAGAGACGCGAUUCCGGACUCUCGCGACGGGCAUUUAUUCCGACGGAACGCCCUCGAUGGCGGAGAAUUCCUCGUCCCGGGAAACGACACAUCAUUGAAAACGGCUGAUGAGGCGCUCUCGUUGUGCUUCGAGAAGCGAGCGGACUAUAAGGUCCUCGACAGGGGUCACCCCGAUGAUCUAUACCUCGGUUUAUUGAGAAUGAUCGGGGUCGAUGUCGGGGCGUUCUGGGUUUUGAAGCGUAAUAAAUCAGAGAUGACGUCGGGACGCUGUCCGCUAGUGGAAGCCUCUUUGGACUCCGGCGUCAUACGGCGAACCAGACCUUGUAACCAGUCGAUCGCGAUUGCCAUCUGCGAACCGCGGAAGUGUCCGACGAUCGUCGGAUCGUACGGAGUGACUUGGAACGAAACGGAACCGGGCUCACAUGUGAUAAGAUCAUGCAAAAAGAGGCUCGGUAGCGAGUUCGGAUACAUCAGGAGAUCUUGCGGAAAGACAGGAUACUGGGAUGAGGAACAGAUACUCUGUCAUCGGUCCUACGAAGACUGGUUCAGGUCUUAUCAUCCUAAUAUCAGUGAAUCCAGCGUCAAGAGCCAUUCCGCCAAGAAGUUGCAGAACGACAGAGCGAUACUCGGAAGUCGGCACGGGAUUGGAGGCCAACUACUCCGGGAUUUGACUUCAGGCACCAGCGAUGCCGAAGAGGCGGCCAAGCAAAUAAUGAGAGAGGUGAUCGUCCCCGCCGUCGAGAAUCUCGAAGACAAGACGGGCUUGAAACAAGUGACGGAACUCGCUCGAGACGUGGUGGCCGCUGUCGGGGCGAGACUCGGGGUCAACCAGACCAUCCGAGUCGAGGGGGCCUCAUUCGGUUAUGCCGUAUCGCGGAGAGGAGUCAAGGACGAAGUCAAUGAGAUCCAUUCUCAUGUUCGUGGAUCCGAAGUCAUCUUGAGAGGUCGCUUUUUCGGUACAACCUCGCUCACGAUGGGUCACAUCGUCAUGAGCAACAUUCCAGAACGAGUUGCACAACCUGACGAAACGGAUCCCUGGGCGCGAGCAGUGGUGAAUACACCCCUGGUGGAGUUUUUCGUCACCGACGCGGACACCGAGGGACGGAUCAGGCAUGGGGACAUAUCGGUGGAGCUCUCAUUUCCACUUAUCAGACGCAAGACAAAGAGAAGCUCCGUCAAAUGCGUCUUCUUUCAGCCUGAAUCCGAAUAUUAUUCGGACGAAGGCUGCGUCUACCUCGCGAAUGUUUCGGAUUCCAAGACUUCAGUAUGCGUGUGCAACCAUACGACUUCGUUCGCUGCCCUCCUGUUACCAUCGGAAUCCGCUGUAACUCACGCGCAAGCCAAGUUCCUUCAGUACAUGACUGCGAUAGGAAUGCCGCUGUCGAUGAUAUGUCUGCUGAUUUGCAUUCCGAUCUUCACGUUCAUCAGAGAGCAACACGAAGAGCGGAAUACGAUACAUCGGAACCUCUGCGUGUCCCUUCUCGCGGGAGACAUUGUCCUGAUAAUCAGCGGCUACGGUGAUCACCACAUGGUCUGCACACCACUGGGAUCUCUGGUACACUUCUGUUUCCUGUCAGCUCUGCUGUGGAUGGGCUUGGAAGGGGUUCACAUCAUUCACAUCAUGUGGCUCGUGUUCACGAAGUCCGGCAUACCGUUGGCAGUGUACUACAUCAUCGGCUAUGGCCUAUCUUUCGUCAUCGUCGCUGGUACAAAUUUGGCUUUUGAAGAGCCGUAUGAGAGGACCGCGCAGUUAUGUUUCCUCUCGCGUGACAACAUGGCUAUCCUAGGUUUCGUCGUGCCGUUGACCGUGAGUACGGAAUUUCUAUUCCUGGAGCCUAUUCAUCAGCAAAGAUAA